AUGGCGUCCACCAAUGGCGACACGACCAACUCGGCGCCGACUUCUUCUUCUUCCUCGACUUGUUUGUCGUCGAAUUCCUCAUCUAUAUCGUCCCUAGCCGUUUCCCAGGCCCCAGCUCCCGAACCUAGUGUUCUGACUAAUUCGUCCGUGGUGGCCAGUGAGCCUUCAUGCCUGGCGAGUUCGGCCGGUAGUCGUCAAGGCUGCCAGCCGACGGCUACGGGAGAGAUGAGUCGAACUAACAAUUUACAGAGGAUUGCCCAGAAAAAGACACAAGUCCGAAAUUACCCGAGACCAAAGAAGCUGGAGAAACUGGCAGUGUAUUCCUCUUGCAAGACUGAGGGUUGCAACUGCAAUGGUUGGAAGAACCCAAAUCCCCCUCCAACUCCACCAAGAGUGGAUGUCUCUCAACCCCUGGCCAGCCUCACUGACCCCUGCCGUAGCUGUAGUCAUACCCUGGGGGCGCAUGUGUCUCAUCUGGAGAAUGUAGCUGAAGAAGAACUGAACCGUUUGCUGCGGAUUGUCGUUGAUGUGGAAAAUCUCUUCAUGUGUGUCCACAAAGAGGAGGAUUCUGAGACUAAAAGAGUCUACUUCCAUUUAUUUAAACUGCUGCGUAAAUGCAUAAUGAAUAUGUGUAAACCGAACAUUGAUAUGGCCAUUGGAACUCCUCCUUAUGAGAAGCCCAGUAUAGCAAAGGGAGUGACAAAUUUUGUGGUGUACAAAUUUGGUCAUCUGGCCCAGAAAGAAUGGCAGACAAUGUAUGAUUUGGCAAAGAUGUUUCUUCACUGCUUGAACCACUGGAAACUGGAGACUCCCACUUUGCACAUGCAACAUGCCCAAAUGGAUGACUUCCACAAUUAUCAAAGUAAUUAUACAAGAUGGUUGUGUUAUUGCCAUGUGCCUGCAUUCUGUGACAGUCUAUCUCGCUAUGAGACGACCGUGAUAUUUGGUCGCACUUUGCUACGUUCCGUAUUCCAGACAAUGAGACGACAAGUUCUGGACAAAUUCCGUGCUGAAAAGGAUCUCAUGCCUCCUGAAAAAAGAACCCUGGUGCUGACACAUUUUCCCAGAUUUUUGUCCAUGUUGGAAGAAGAAGUUUAUGGGUCAAAUUCUCCGAUUUGGGACCCGGAUUUUUGUCAGAGCACAAGUGCAUCCACUACUGCAUCGGCUCCUGGUGGCUUUAACCGUUUCACAAACUCUGGCACUCCAGCAGCAAGUGCAGCAUCUGCAACUGAUGGUGCCAAUGCAGUUAAACCAAGUUCAACCCUGGUGCCUACAAACAAUCACCCAGCCAAAACCAAAGAAGCUGCUGGAGACAAACGCCGGCUUGAUGAGAUGCAAGGUGCUGGAGAGAACAAAAAGCGAAAAAUUGAGGGAGAUGUCAAAGAAGAACUUGUGACUGAAAUACUCACCUUAAUCACUGAUCCAGAACAGAUGGUUGGACCAGACAGUUCAAAAAGACUAGAAGCUCGGAAGUCGAAAGUGUUUGGUAAAAAGAAACGUAUCCGUCGUAAACGAGUUGUCCGAGGACCCAAACCGCCACCGACCCUCCAAGACUUACAGAAAACGCUGUUUCCUGCUCACACUGCCCGUGAUGAAAUUGCUCGCCAGGAAGAGAUGAAGGGUGUCAUAGAAUUCAAGGUUAUGGCUAAUACAUUCAAGGAACGUCCAAGUCGCGAGCAGCUCAUCUGGUUAAUUGGUCUGCAAAAUGUCUUUUCACAUCAACUUCCUCGGAUGCCCAGGGAAUACAUUACACGCCUUGUUUUUGACCCCAAGCACAAAUGUUUGGCCUUAAUCAAAGAAAACCGAGUGAUAGGAGGAAUCUGCUUCCGAAUGUUUCCAACGCAGGGGUUCACAGAGAUUGUGUUUUGUGCUGUCACCUCCAAUGAGCAAGUGAAGGGAUAUGGCACACACAUGAUGAAUCACUUGAAGGAUUAUCACAUCCAGCAUGACAUCCUCCAUUUUUUGACAUUUGCAGACGAAUAUGCCAUUGGCUAUUUUAAGAAACAAGGAUUCUCCAAGGACAUUAAAUUGCCAAAGUCUGCCUAUCUGGGUUACAUCAAAGAUUACGAAGGAGCCACGUUGAUGGGCUGUGAAUUGAAUCCACGCAUCCACUAUACCUGCUUCUCUCAAAUCAUCCGCAAACAGAAAGAGAUUGUCAAGAAAAUCUUGGAAAAAAAACAGGAACUUCAAGAAAAAGUCUAUCCAGGUGUGGCCUGUUUUAAGGAAGGCGUGCGCCAAAUUCCAAUUGAAAGUAUUCCAGGUCUGCUGGAGGCUGGCUGGAAAGUAGACAACACUCACAAAGAAACAGAAAUGGACUCUGAACAGCUGCACUCAACCCUCAAGAACAUUUUAAUGCUGAUUAAGAAUCAUCAGAGUGCGUGGCCAUUUCAAAAGCCAGUUGAUAAAAAUGAAGCUCCAGACUAUCUUGAUCAUAUUCGCUUCCCAAUGGACCUGAAGACGAUGAGUGAGCGCUUGAAGAAUCGUUAUUACUGCAAUAAGCGCCUGUUUAUAGCCGAUAUGAAUCGCAUUUUCACCAAUUGCCGUGCAUACAACCAGCCCGACACAGACUACUACAAAUGUGCCAACAGCCUGGAGAAAUUCUUUCAAAGUAAAAUGAAAGAGUCUAAUCUGUGGGACAAGUGA